GUCUGUCUUUUAUUUCCAUUCUUCCUUUAUUGCAGUGGCUAGAACUUCCAGUACUAUGUUCAGUACUGAGAGUGGGCAACUUUGCUCAUUCACAGUCUUAGAGAGAAAGCAUUCGCUGCUUAUAACAUUGAGUCUACUGUUAGGUAUAAAGCUGAUCUGUGUGUAGUGAGCUGUUAUAAAUACUCUUUGCGGGAAAGGAGCAGUCUCCUGAUUUGAUGAACCGUCCCCUUUGGAGGCACUUCCCCUGCUGGAGAUAGAUUCAGGCCAAGUGGUUUGCUACGGUGAAGUGUAAGGAAUGAAGACCUUAGAAUCCGGACUCAGAACACGCAGAUUUAAAUUUUGGCUCCCCUGCGUUGGAGCUAGAUGGCCUGGGCAAAUUAUUUACACCUCUCAAAGGCCAAUUCCUCCUCCACAAAAAAGGGAGAAGAGCACCCUCCUCCGUCCUGCCUCCGGGAGUGCAGGCAUCCAGGGGAGUAAUUGUAUCACUGCCAGGGGCAGCCCUGCCCACACUGUAGGAGCUGGAAAACUGCCCCAGUUUAGUGAGAUCUUCACUGUACCCUGCUGUGGCCCCACCCCAGCACCUUAAUUGGUCUCUGUGGAAGUUUUGACAGUUUCUGAUAGGUCGUUAAAAUUUGCAUUUGGAAUCUUAAACUAUAAGACUAGCGGAUCUGGGGGUGUUGGCUGUCCCAAGAGCAGACAACUGAGUCCGUUUCGUGGGCAGAUCACGUAAUCCCCCGAUUCACGGUCAGUGUCAUCAUCUGUAAAAUGGAAGUGAAGACAGAGUUACUUCAGCGGGCUGCUGCGAAGACUGAAUUUUUAAAAAAAUGGAUUUGGCCAACCAUGGACUUAUUCUCCUGCAACAGUUAAACGCUCAGCGAGAGUUUGGUUUCCUGUGUGACUGCACGGUUGCCAUCGGCGAUGUGUACUUCAAGGCACACAAAUCAGUUCUUGCUUCAUUCUCCAAUUACUUUAAGAUGUUGUUUGUCCAUCAGACCAGUGAGUGUGUCCGUUUGAAACCAACUGACAUACAGCCAGAUAUUUUCAGCUAUCUCUUACAUCUGAUGUACACGGGAAAGAUGGCGCCUCAACUGAUUGAUCCCGUUCGGUUAGAACAGGGGAUCAAGUUUCUGCACGCUUACCCACUGAUCCAAGAAGCUAGCCUGGCCAGCCAAGGAGCCUUUUCUCAUCCCGACCAAGUUUUCCCGCUGGCCUCUUCCUUGUACGGCAUUCAGAUUGCAGACCAUCAGCUGAGACAAGCCACCAAGAUCGCUUCGGCACCCGAGAAACUCGGGCGAGACCCACGGCCGCAGACCUCCAGGAUGAGCCAGGAGCAGGUGCCCGAGGCCCCACCGCUGUCUCAGCUGACGUCCAAUCUGGCCCAGGUGAAUCGGACACAUCUGACUCCCUCGGAUCCCCUGCAGACCUCGCUGUCUCCAGAACUGGUUUCCACUCCCGUGCCUCCCCCUCCCCCUGGGGAGGAGACCAAUCUGGAAGCCUCUUCGUCCGACGAACAGCCCGCAUCCCUCACCAUAGCCCACGUCAAGCCGAGCAUCAUGAAGAGGAACGGAAGCUUUCCCAAGUACUACGCCUGCCACCUGUGCGGCCGGCGCUUCACCCUCCGCAGCAGUUUGCGGGAACACCUCCAGAUUCACACCGGCGUACCUUUCACGUCCAGCCAGCCGGGAGAAAGCCGCGUGCCCCUGUCUCUUUGUAGCAACGCAGCCGACCUGGGCAAAGACACCAUGGAAGUGCCUGAGGCUGGGAUGAUAAGUGACAGUGAGCUACAGCACAUCUCCGACUCUCCCAUCAUCGACGGGCAGCAGCACUCGGAGACGCCCCCGCCCUCGGACAUCGCGGACAUUGACAACUUGGAGCAGGCGGACCAAGAGAGGGAGGUAAAGAGACGCAAGUAUGAGUGCACGAUAUGCGGCCGAAAGUUUAUCCAGAAGAGCCACUGGAGGGAGCACAUGUACAUACACACCGGGAAGCCUUUCAAAUGCAGCACUUGUGACAAGAGUUUUUGCAGGGCCAACCAGGCUGCCCGGCACGUAUGCCUCAAUCAGAGCAUCGACACGUACACCAUGGUGGACAAACAGACUCUGGAACUCUGCACGUUUGAGGAAGGGAGUCAGAUGGACAACAUGUUGGUACAGACCAACAAACCCUACAAAUGCAACUUGUGUGACAAAACGUUCUCCACUCCCAAUGAGGUUGUUAAACAUUCGUGCCAAAACCAGAACUCGGACGUUUUCGCCCUGGACGAGGGGCGGUCCAUUCUGCUGGGCAGUGGGGACGCAGAAGUAACGGAACCUGACCACCCAGUGUUAGCUUCCAUCAAAAAGGAACAGGAAACAGUGUUGUUAGACUGAAUGUUACCUAUCUUUUUAAAAACUGUCGUUUUUACAGAUACUGUCUCCUUUCCCUUGCCCCAAUUCAGAACUGUAGUUCUCCAUGGCAUGAUACAAACAGGUCCCUGGUCCCUUUGUCCACCUCACCCCCUCCUCCCCAACCCCAGCCCUUCCUCCGUAAAGGCUUUGUGCAUUAUCAACCUGGAACAUGUUUACUUUAAUUCAGGGGAUAUUGGAAAGAUAAUGGUCAGUAGUACUUAUAAACUCAAAUAGAUUUUGAGACGUUUUAGAUGAUUUAAAAGCAAACUUGGAACUAAUGAAGGGUCUGUUAACAAAACACAACAACUAGAAUGUAAUUUGGUAAGCUAGAAUUAUGACUUUCCCUGGGUAAGAAGUCUUCCUUCUCAGAAAGUGUUGGAAAAUACAGCAUGCUUCUUAGAGAUACAGCUGGGCUGUGUACUAUGCAAAAUCUAGGUGUGGGGGAAACUUUUAACCCAAGAAAACACUCUCAGUAUUUAUUCUCCAGGUGUCUUAUUUCAGAAUGCAUCCUUUGAGAUUAUGUCCAGUCGAGAAAAAUCAUUAGCUAAGAAAUCUACUUGAACAGAACACAAAAGAGAAAAAGUAAUAAUGUGAUGGCAAUCUUAAUUUUUGGAUAGAACAUGACAAAGCUGUGAGUUGUGUGUGUUUGUAAGAGAAAAUGUGUGGGUAUUUGCUAUAAACAGGUGAAUUAAUGCACAUGCCUUAGCUAAUUGCUGGCUUCUUUCAAAGUUGAACAGUAACAAAACUCUCUGUUUCAGUUUCUGACAAAUCUGUCGGUUGUUUUAAAAAUCAGAUUUGAAAGUCCUGUGCAGUAGAUUGUCUUUCUGAAUAGAAAAUGACACGCUAUUCCGGCAGUUGCCAGUGUUAAAUCUGUUUUAGCACCAACCAGCUGCUUCAAAUCAGUGUGUGCACGUAGGAACGUGGAUCCUAGAGGGGAAGUUGUGAGCAAAGCAUGUGGUGACUUUAAUGACUUUAAAAGUUAAUGCUAAUAGUUUACUGGCAACAUUUGUUGAAGCAUCAAAAAUGGCAAAGAAAAAUCAGGACAAAAACGCCUAAUUGCUGAUUGGAAAAAAAAAAAAAAAAAACCCCAAAAAACAACUUGAUUUUGAUGUUAGUCUCCACUUUUUUUUUUUUUAAACACCUGAAAUUUCCUCCAUUGGCCUGAAAGCAGUAAACUGUGUCCACGAACCUUUCCUUACGCCAAUGACAGAAUGGUCUCACAGGACUAAACAGGAGCCAGAAAUAAGGACCGAAGGGGAAAGGGAAAAACAGUUCAUAGCUGUGCUGUACGUAUAUGUUAAAAACUGAAUAUCCCGUCAUCCUGUUUCAUGUAUAGUUGAGUUCGCAGAUUUGUAAGUUUUUAUACAUACUUUCAUGGAAUAAACAUUUAAUUAAGUGAG